GCGCGCUCGCGCAGAAACCCAAGCCCUACGCCAACUCCCUUGGAGAAAUCGCCUGCAAAAUCCAUAGGGAUUUUCUUCUUAGGGAUGGCAAAUGCAGGGGAAGAUUUAUCUCAAUUUGAUAUUUCCCAAGAGGAAAAGGACAAGCUUGUGGCAGAAGUAAUUCGCUAUGUCCUAUUUAAGACCCACCAAAAUUCAGGGUGCCCAAUCAAGAGAGAUGAACUUACUCAACUUGUUACUAAGAAUUAUCGCCAGCGUGCUCUCCCUGCUCUUGUAAUCAAUGCAGCCAGAGAGAAGCUAUCCACCAUUUUCGGCUAUGAAAUGAAGGAGCUUCAACGAUCUCGACCUUCAUCCACCAAUCAGGGUCGCACUUCACAACAGAGUUUUGCAGAUGUAAAAUCUUAUGUGAUCAUAAGUCAGCUACCUGCUGAUGUGUAUCGGAAAUAUGUUGAGGAUGUAAAUACAGCACAUCUGACUGGAUUUACCUUCGUCAUUGUUAGUAUUGUAUAUCUUGCUGGAGGGAAAAUUGCAGAAGUUCUUUACCAACAUGACAGAACCUACCACCAUUGUGGUGAAAGCAUUGCAGAUGGUCUUUGGCAUCAUAUGAGGCGGAUGGGAUUGUAUGAAAAUGAAGAAAACCAUCCUGUCCUUGGAAACAUUAAGCAGGCGUUGGAAGCACUUGUCCAGCAAAGGUAUUUGCAGAAGGACAAAGUGAAUGGUCCUGAGGGCAAUACUUUGUUUUACGAGCUUGCUGAAAGAGCUUUAGAUGAAGCCAUUAGCAAGAAGAUUAAAGAGUAUAUAUCACAGAUUGUGCAGAAUGAUGGUGCCUCGGCAGAUGUUGAAUAGUGUCUUGCACCUAAUUUAUGCAGAAUGAUGUGGUGGCUGAUAAAUAGUGAGGAGUUGGUUGGAUGAGGACAUGCUCAACAGAAUGGAUAGAGCUGCAGCUGAGAUGCCCAAUUGCCCAUUUUUGUUUGAUGAGCCUUAAACAUCUUUGUUUGGGAAUUUUGUGGAAUUGUAGUUAUUAUAUAUUCCCUAGCGGGACAUGUUUACAUUUGCCCAAAAUUAAAUCAGAACCUUGACAGUCUCAA